AUGGAAAACUUAACAGAAAAUCAAGCUACAAAUAAUAAUAGUCCAUUUAGAAUUAAAUCUUCAUUGGCCCAAAUGUUGAAAGGGGGUGUAAUUAUGGAUGUUGUAACACCAGAACAAGCAAGAAUUGCAGAAGAAGCAGGAGCAUGUGCAGUAAUGGCAUUAGAAAAGAUUCCAGCCGAUAUUAGACAUUUUGGUGGUGUGGCAAGAAUGAGUGAUCCAGGUAUGAUUAAAGAAAUUAUGAAUGCUGUUACCAUUCCAGUUAUGGCAAAAGUUAGAAUUGGCCAUUUCGUAGAGGCACAAAUUCUUCAAGAGAUUGGGGUAGACUAUAUUGAUGAAAGUGAGGUUUUAACAAUUGCAGAUAAUGAAAAUCAUAUUGACAAAUCCGAAUUUAAAGUACCAUUCGUUUGUGGUUGUAGAAAUCUUGGUGAAGCUUUACGUCGUAUCUCUGAAGGUGCCGCUAUGAUUCGUACAAAAGGUGAGGCUGGCACUGGUGAUGUGGUUGAAGCAGUUCGUCAUGCUCGUGCAGUUAAUAAAGAAAUUAAAAAAAUUCAAAAUAUGGACCCACAUGAACUUUACACAUACGCCAAGGAAAUUCAAGCACCACUCGAAUUAGUUAAAGAAGUUAAAAGAUUAGGUAGACUACCAGUUGUCAAUUUCGCUGCUGGUGGUGUUGCCACUCCCGCUGAUGCUGCAAUGAUGAUGCAAUUAGGUAUGGAUGGUGUUUUCGUUGGUUCUGGUAUCUUCAAAAGCGGUGAUCCAGCCAAAAGAGCAAAAGCAAUCGUUCAAGCUGUAACUCAUUUCAAUAAUCCUCAAAUCGUUGCAAAAGUAAGUGAAAAUUUGGGUGAAGCAAUGGUUGGAAUUAAUGUUGAUACUUUAAAAGAUAAAGAAAACCAAAAUUGGUCAACAAAAGAAAAAUAA